AUGCUAUGGAAAGGAUUAUUGGGUAAGGCAAUGACGAUAGGAAUGCUCCCAUGGGCCAUGUUUCUCGUUGAUAGAUGCGAACCAGUACCUGUCUACUACAAUAAAUCUCGCCCAUCUAAACAUGAUGAAAUUGAAUUCGGGGUUCCCAGGAAAUAUCUCAACUCUAGCAUUGAUAUAAAUCGGCUCCAGGAGACGAACUCCUCUUACGGUUGGCUUAACCAAAGUAUGGGGUCUGUCAGGUCCAACACCUACGCUCCAUACACCGUCUUGUGUCCAACCGAAUCGUUGGUUAGACCCGCAAAGGGGCUACGGAGGGAAGAGGAGGAGUACAUAGCUAACCGACAGAAGCUAACCCAGCACUCGGUACGAAGCUUCUUGCACAGAGUCAACAUCACCAAUUUUGACUACGACGGAUUCCUUCUUCAGCUGGCUAAACCCAUUACUCUUGGAAUUGCCAUCUCUGGAGGGGGCUACCGGGCCAUGUUGACGGGUGCCGGUGUCUUGGCCGCCUUGGACGAACGCACUCAGGCUUCCGAGGGUGCUGGACACCUAGGUGGGUUAUUGCAAUCAGCUUCUUACAUUUCUGGAACUUCUGGUGGGUCAUGGUUGAUUAUGUCGCUCGUGUUCAAUGACUACCGACCUGUCGAACUGAUGAUGGACGAGCCUCUGGGACUGUGGGACUUUGAAGAACCGCUCUUGGAAGGCUUGGGAAUGGCAAAGGCGGUGGAAUCGGUUCCAGUUUCUGCUCACCGUAGACGGACGGCUGAAGCCCCUAAUUCCGAUGGUCAGGAAGAAGAACACGCUCCAGGCGUGGGUGGGGCAGAACGACCAACUAGUAUACAAACGGGAUGUGAUAUUACUAGGAAUAACACUUGGGACAUGUCCGAAAAAGACCGGUAUAACAAACUGACUCUGAAACCCCGGACUAAACGCGACCUCUGGACCAAACUUGGGGUCAGAAAAUCCUCCAACGGGACAGAAUCCGAGUCCUUCUUUUUUGAAAUGCUCAAAACCUUUCUCCCGGCGGCGGAGGCCAAAAACGAAACUGAAUUCACCACCUCCUCGCUCAAAAAAGUUUUUGCCUUCUACAGAGACAUCCAGCUUGAGGUUCGGCCAAAGAAACUCUCGGGUUUCUACAUCUCCCUUACAGAUUACUGGGGGCGGGCCCUAGCCGGAAAGAUUCUCCCACGGGGGUCCAGAUCUCCUGGAACUACCUUUUCCAGCAUUCCCAGUCUCUCCUCCUUCCAGAAAUACCACCAACCAUUCCCGAUUGUAUCCGCAAAUGCCAAGUGGCCGUCCAAGAAAGCAUCUAACUUGGCGUCGUACGUUCUUGAAUUUACCCCCUACGAGUUUGGCUCGUGGGAUUCUCAUAUUAGGGGCUUUACCGACUUGCGGUUUCUUGGAACCAUGGUUGACAAUGGAGUGCCGGUGGUCAGAACUGACAAUGCCAAUGUUUCCCUCUGUACCGCUGGCUUUGACAAUGCUGGAUUCAUUGCUGCCACCUCUUCUUCUCUCUUCAACGUGGUUCUCAUGAGGGUAUGGGAGUUGGUCAAUACCAGUCGUGGCGGUCAUUCAGCGGUGGAGCGGAUUUUGGCAGUGUUUGGUUUGUCGUCAGCACGAUCCACCGCUGCGUUUCUAGGACCUCUUCCGGACUAUGCCUUGUAUACCCCCAAUCCGUUUUACGGGUAUAGCCCCGGGAAUGAUAAAACCGAACAGAUAUCAACUGCUCGCAAUCUUUACCUUGUGGAUGGUGGUGAAGACGGCCAGAAUAUCCCGUUCCAGCCCUUGUUGCAGAAAGAGAGAGCCGUUGAUAUGAUUUUCGCGUUGGACAUGACUUCUGAUAUAGACAACUGGCCUAAUGGGACCGCGCUUGCGCUGACUGCCCAGCGGUUCCAUGCGAAUUUCAGUCUGGUAGAGACUCCACGGUUCUACUUACUGGAGAAAGGAGUCCCGGUCCCCACUCCACGGGCCGUCUUUCCGCAGGUUCCCUCGAUGGAAGAGAUGGUUGAAUGUGGAUUUAACAAGAAACCGGUCUUUUUUGGGUGCUACAUUGACCGUUCUUACCCUGAGUUAGCACUAGCUACAACCAGCGAAGAGGAGAUUUAUGAUAAUACAGUGCUCCCACCGCUCAUUGUUUAUCUUCCAAACAGCCAGUAUACGUAUCUCUCCAACACCUCUACGUUUCAACUCUCCUAUUCAUCAACGGAAAUGCGGAAAAUGGUGGAAAAUGGAUACGGUAUCGCCACGGCUGGAAACUCUACGGCGGAUGAGAGCUUUACCCAGUGCGUGGGCUGUGCGAUGGUGAAACGGGAAUUUGAUCGAAUAGCCAUGGGUGUAAGUGAGAUUCCUUCUGACCACUUUUCCAUCCCCGAAACCUGCCUCCAGUGCUACUCACGGUACUGUUACAUUCCACCAUCUGGUGUUACUACGAGGGACUAUUUUUAA